AUGGAUAAAAAUUAUAAUUACAAUUUUGAGCAAAGGGCACCACAACACCAUGCUGAGGUGUCUUUUAAUAGUGUUGGAGUUACCGAGUGCAAGAAGAGUGUUUUGAGUGAAAAACUCAAGGCGAUUUCCAAUGGUAAGUUGUAUCAUACUACAGACACCAAUGAAUUCUUCUAUGACUGGAACGGGAAGAGGUACAAACUUGAUCUUUUUGGUUCUGCAUCCGCAAUUGAAGAUGCACAAGCAGCCGCAGCAAAGGCAACAGCAGCCGCAGCCAAAGCCGAAAAGGUUGCAAAGGAUGCAGAAAAGGUUGCAUCCGAUGUGAAAGCUCUUAUGUCCGGAGUCAAGACAAUCAAGUCGUUCACAAAGACCUCAAAUGGAUAUGAUCUUAUUCUUUCGGAUGGUUCCAAACUUUCUCUUCUCAAUGGUACAAAGGGAGAUACUGGUGCAACCGGUCCAAUAGGUCCUGCUGGUAAAGAUGGAGAGAAUGGUAAAGAUGGUGCCGAUGGUAAGGAUGGAGAAGAUGGUGCCGAUGGUAAGUCAGCAUAUGAACUUGCUGUGGUUGCAGGUUUCAACGGAACCAUUGAUGCUUGGCUUGCCUCUUUGAAAGGUGCAGAUGGAACAGAUGGUCAAGACGGUGCCGAUGGUAAGGAUGGAGAAGAUGGACUUUCUGCAUAUGAUAUAGCACUUGCAAAAGGAUUUGAUGGAGAUGAAUCUACUUGGCUUGCCUCUUUGAAAGGUGCCGAUGGAACAGAUGGUCAAGACGGUGCCGAUGGUAAGUCUGCAUAUGAGAUUGCACUUGCCAAUGGAUUUGAAGGAACUGAAGCAGAAUGGCUUGCCUCUUUGAAAGGAGAAGGUGAAGGAUUGUCUGAUGAAGAUAGGGCAAAGAUAGAUUCAAUCCCCGAUGACCUCACAAUAGGUUCAUUCCCGGCGGAGAGUGAAAUUGAGGAUUCUGAUGCAGCCGUGGUUGAUGGAUUUGCAAAGGUUCAGGAUGUCAUUGAUUAUGUGAAUCUCCUGCUUGAAAAAAAAAAGGAAGACAAUCCUGAAGUAGAGGAAGGAAUCUACUUCUAUGUGAAUGGUUAUCUUCUUGAUGAUGAGGAUAUCACAGAUGCCACCAUUGUAAGAAAAUACCAGCUUGAUGAAACUCUUGAAGCCAAUGUGUUUGAAGUAUAUGUUGGUCCUGAAUAUAUAGGGGAUGACAGUCUUGAGCAGUAUGGUAUAUUCUUUAGGGUUGAUGUUCCUCUUGGAUAUAAGAUAGAUAACAUUAUGCAGUAUGAUGAUGCAUUUGCAAAGGACUAUAUAGUUCCUAUUCCAAUGGUUGUCAAUAUGAGGGGGGAAGAACAGAGACAUCACGGAGUCACAUAUAAAAGUUAUUCAAAGAAUAAUAUGGCAAGAACAUAUACAACUACAUAUCCGGCAUUUCCAAAUGCGUUGGAUGUAACUGCAAAGAAACCUAUUGAUACCAGGUUUGUUGCCAAUACAUUUGAUGAUUUGCUUGAUGCUUCGGCAAGUGGAUACCAGAAUGCAUACACUGGACUUGUGGUGUAUGUCAUAUCGGAACAAUGUCAAUAUGUGUUCAUAGGUACAUCCGGCAACCGCAAGGAUAUUUUGAAUGCUGCCAAGUGGUUGAAACUUGGAGGAUCUGAUUUCAAUCCAGAGGAUGCCGCUACAAAGAUAAUAACAUCCGUAGAUGAUUUGGCAACAGUUCAGUUUGCCUAUCCGGGUAUGAUGGUGUUUGUUGAUGGUGAGGAAUCUGAAGAGGGUGGUCUUUUCAUCCUUACAAAGACACCGGCAUCAAAUCUUGAUAACUGGAAACCUGUGGCAACCGGAAAUCAAGUGACCAACAACUAUUUCAACUAUGACACCAAUAUUGAUUCUACUAAUGCACCAGAAGGUAUUUCUGUUUCAACAGACAAAGGUGCAGUAGUUACAGAAUAUGUGUCGGAUGGUUUGAAAGGUAAAGGACUCUACACAUCACAGGGACUCAAUUCAACGGGUGAAGAUAAUCCUCUUCUUACUAAUGUUGAUUAUAUAGAUAUCUAUCCUGCAGAUGCAUCCGGAGACUCAUACAUCAGACUUUACAAGGACGGAGACAACUGGGCCAAUAUUCAUAUUGAGGAUGACAGCCUUGGAAUUGACCCCUCAAAGAUUCUUGUUGAGGAUGGUGAAUUUGUUGAUGGUGCUGACAUAGCAAAGGGAACAUCUGUAUCUUUCGGAAAUGAUGUUGAUUUUACAGGAUGGACUAUCAAGACCAAUAAUGGUGACACAUAUGUUUUCGGUGAUGAGAUAGAUUAUGAUGAUGUUGAUAUCUACAGGGAGAGUUAUCUUCCUGUUGCAUAUAUCAAUGUUGAUGGAACAAUAGAAAGAGUUCUUACAGAAACAGACAAGAAUGAACUUGAUGAAAAGAUAGACAACAUCGGUGAUAAUAUUAUGAUUACUAUUCAGGGUGAUUCUGAUAGUGAGGAGGAACAAGUUUCCAUACAGGAAGUGAUAAAUAACAUAACAAACAACAUUAACAAUAUAGAGACUUCUAUUGAUGUUGAUGUUAUUUCAGAUGAAGAUAUUACAAAACUUUUUUAA